UCGCCGAUAAAAAUCCCAUCUUUUCCUGCUCACUACCUUCCGAGAAACUCUUUCCUUCCAAGAAAAAGACGAAACCCAGCUCCCUGAAACAGACAGUGAGAUCGAAGAGGCUGUUUUGAUGAAAUGGCUUUGAUUCCGUAUCAACUCCAUGCCCCUUUCUUCUUCUUCUUCUUCUUCUCGCUCCUCUUUCUCCUCUUUGUAGUACAAGGGAAUGUCGACGAGCUGCGUGCUCUCAUGGAGUUGAAGUCUUCCUUGGACCCGGAGAGCCUGCGGCUCUCCUCGUGGGCGGCCGACGGUGAGCCUUGCCGGGGGGAGUUCGAGGGCGUGGUCUGCGACGCAGCCGGGAAGGUGGCCAACAUCUCUCUCCAAGGGAAGGGGCUCUCCGGCUCCAUCUCUCCGGCAGUGGCGCGGCUGCGCAGCCUCACUGGGCUUUACCUCCACUUCAACAACAUCUCCGGCGCUAUCCCCCGCGAGAUUGCGAAUCUGACGGCGUUGAGCGACCUUUACCUCAACGUCAAUAACCUCUCCGGCGGCAUACCCGAGGAGCUUGGAAUAAUGGUUGCCCUCCAAGUUCUCCAGCUUUCAAAUAACAAGUUGACUGGGAGCAUACCUCCUCAGCUGGGACUUCUCAAGAGUCUCAACCUGCUUGCUCUGCAAUCUAAUUCUCUUAAUGGGGCCAUCCCUGCAACACUGGGAGAUUUAAUUGAGUUGACAUGGUUGGAUUUAAGCUCCAAUCACCUUUUUGGUUCAGUCCCUGUUAAAAUCUCCCAGCUUCCUCAGUUGACAUUUUUAGAUGUUCAAAACAACUUGCUCUCCGGCAAUGUACCUUCAGAAUUAAAGAGAUUGGGGUCAAGCUUCAAGUAUGGCAAUAACACUGGUCUAUGUGGAAGUGGAUUCACUGAUCUUAGGGUUUGCACUUCUGCUGAUCUCAGCCCAAGCAGACCCGAACCAUUCAGUGCCGGUUUGACACCUCAAGAUCUUCCACAAUCUGUUAACAUCUCUUCAGAUUGCAACACAACUCACUGUUCCAGCUCUUCAAACUCCUCAAACCUGGCCAUCAUUAUCGCGACCACUAUAGCUGUAUUUGGAGUUGUUGUGUGUGCCCUGAUGGCCUUCUUUUGGCUCCAAAACUAUCAGAAACAAAAGCUUAGUAGUGGUUUGCUUAGGGGUUCAAAUGGCGUCGUUAGCACUGAUCCAACUGCUAAGUCCUCAUAUCAAACUGCUUCUCCACUCAUUAGCCUUGAGUACUCCAACCGCUGGGAUCCAAUGACCGAUGAGAGGAGCAGUAUCGGGUCAUCUCAAGAGGCUCCUCAGAUCUAUAGGUUUAACUUGGAGGAGAUAGAAUGUGCUACUCAGUACUUUUCGGAGGUGAAUUUACUUAGCAAGAAAAGCAGCUUUGCGGCAACAUACAAGGGGAUACUACGCGAUGGAACGGAGGUUGCAGUGAAGAGGAUCAACAAAACUAGUUGCAAGUCAGAGGAAGCUGAGUUUCUCAUGGGUUUGAAGGCAUUGACAUUGCUAAGGCACGAGAACCUAGUUGGAUUAAGGGGCUUCUGUUAUUCAAGAGCAAGAGGAGAGUGUUUCCUCAUUUAUGAUUUUGUUGCAAAUGGGAGCUUGUCGGAAUAUCUAGAUGUCAAAUGCGAUGAGAUUCACAAGGUUCUUGAUUGGUCUGUAAGAGUUUGUAUCAUCAAAGGCAUUGCUAAAGGUAUGGAAUAUCUCCACAGUGACAAACCUAGCAAGCCCUCCUUGCUCCAUCAAAACAUGUCAUCGACAAAAGUCCUCAUUGACCGCCAUUUCAAACCCCUACUCUCCAGUUCUGCCCUGCACAAACUAUUAGCAGACGAUGUCAUUUUCUCCUCUCUCAAAACAAGUGCUGCCAUGGGCUACCUAGCCCCCGAGUACACCAUGGUUGGUCGGUUCUCUGAGAAGAGUGAUGUGUAUGCGUUUGGAGUUAUUGUGUUCCAACUCCUCACAGGAAAGACAAGAAUCAGUCACUUGAGACCUGAAAUGGAAUCUGGUAAACUCGAAGAUCUCAUUGAUGAGAACCUGCAGGGGAAUUACUCAAAGCCUGAGGCAGCCAAAUUAGCAGGCAUGGCGUUGUUGUGCACAAGUGAAGUGCCAAACCAAAGACCAACAAUGGAGGCAAUUCUUCAGGAACUGGAUGGAAGCAGAAGUAGGAACUGAAUUGUGUUUAGGGAUUUUGAUGUCAUUGAGAAGGUUAUUGGAUUCUGUAGUGUGUUUUCCAAUUUGUGCAUUUGAUUUGACUUGGUUCUCUCAAGCUUCCUGGGAGAAGAGGGAGAAGCUGAUGUAACUAAAGUUCUUGUAAUCUAAGAGCAUCCACAUCAAUUACCCUAAAUUAAACUUUUA